AUGACCCAGCAGGGCGCGGCGCUGCAGAACUACAACAACGAGCUGGUCAAGUGCAUCGAGGAGCUGUGUCAGAAGCGGGAGGAGUUGUGCCGGCAGAUCCAGCAGGAAGAGGAGGAGAAACAGCGGCUGCAGAAUGAGGUGAGGCAGCUGACGGAGAAGCUGGCCCGAGUCAACGAGAAUCUGGCUCGCAAGAUAGCCUCUCGGAAUGAGUUCGAUCGGACCAUCGCGGAGACGGAGGCGGCCUACCUCAAGAUCCUGGAGAGCUCGCAGACUCUGCUUAGUGUCCUGAAGAGGGAAGCGGGGAACCUGACCAAGGCCGCAGCCCCCGAGCAGAGGAGCAGCGGAGGCAAGGACAGCUGA